AAUUACUUCUCCCUCUCCUCUCUCUCUCUCCUCAUAUCAUUCAGAUAUGUGAGAAAACAAAAUCAAAAGAAAAGUUGGUUGAGAGCUAGCUUCAGCUGGUGGUGUGCCGCCAUUAAUGGGGUAAAAUCCUCAAAAGCACAUCAACAACAUAAGAAAGAGAAGAGAAGAGAAAUCUAGCUCAAUUUCAAUGGCUUCUCCCAACACCAAAAGCAGCCAUCUUCAACAACAACAACAAAACCAACCAGUACUCCAUCACCACCAACAACAGCAAAUUCUACAAACUCCAAGCUCCUCCUCCUUCAACUUCCAAAAUCACCACCUCCACUUCCAUGAUCAUCAUCCCAAUAUUGGCAUCAAUCUCCCCUCCAUCUCCCCAAAUUUCAUAACCAAAGAUGGAGCAGGCGAUGAUUUGGGAGAAUUGGAUGAUCAAGCCCUUUUUCUGUACCUCGAUGGCCAAGAACCCUCCACAGCAACAACAACUCCUCAAGACCAAAGAC